UUUCCUCUCCUAGAACUUCACAGCCCCUUUCUUCCCUUCUUUGUCUUUAUUUUGGAGCGUUACCUCCCUCUGCGGCCAGGCCCUUGUAACGUUGGUUCCCCGGGGGACGUGCGCCCCCGUCAGCCUCCACCGGCCCCGCCGCCCCCGACCUCUGCCCUGUCAGUCCCGACCUCUCCACCCCUUCCUCCUGCAUCUGCAGCCUGUGCAGUUCCGGCUGCACCCGGGAAGGUCUCGAGCCCCCCCAGGAGGUUUGCGCUCCCUGGACUGACCCUCCUGAUGCGGGGAAGCAACUAGAAGGUGGUGACAGCUUUGACGAGAGCCAUCUGCUAGAGAUUGGGGUGAAUCAGUGGAUCAAGAAGACCCAGGAGGGACACAGUAAGGCCGAGGCACGCAGGCCUGCUGUUACCGUUGUCUGGCAGUCCCUAUGACCCGGGAUUAAACACCCUAAAUUCGCUGCCUCUAAAGGAGGGCACAGUAGAAUUGAGACUCGGAUUUUCUUUGCCAUCACUCUGGAAACAAACAUUAUUUCCUUUGUUGCAUUUAUAACUGCUACAAAAAUGCCACAUCUCCAUCAACAUGAAGAGGAGAAGUUCUUCUUAAAUGCCAAAGGACAGAAGGAAACUUUGCCCAGCGUAUGGGACUCGCCUACCAAACAGCUCUCCGUUGUUGUGCCUUCAUACAAUGAAGAAAAACGGUUGCCUGUAAUGAUGGAUGAAGCUUUGGGCUAUCUGGAAAAGAGACAGAAGCAAGAUCCUACGUUCACUUAUGAGGUGAUAGUAGUUGAUGAUGGCAGCAAAGACCAGACUUCAAAAGUAGCUUUUAAAUAUUGCCAGAAGUAUGGAAGUGACAAGGUACGAGUGAUAACACUGGUGAAGAAUCGUGGGAAAGGCGGAGCUAUUAAGAUGGGUAUAUUCAGUUCUCGAGGAGAAAAGAUCCUUAUGGCAGAUGCUGAUGGAGCCACACAGUUUCCAGAUAUUGAGAAAUUAGAAAAGGGACUGAAUGAUCUACAGCCUUGGCCUGAACAAAUGGCUAUUGCAUGUGGAUCUCGAGCUCAUUUGGAAAAAGAAUCAAUUGCUCAGCGUUCUUACUUCCGUACUCUGCUCAUGUAUGGGUUCCACUUUCUGGUAUGGUUCCUUUGUGUCAAAGGAAUCAGAGACACACAGUGUGGGUUCAAAUUAUUUACUCGAGAAGCAGCUUCACGGACGUUUUCAUCUCUACACAUUGAACGAUGGGCUUUUGAUGUAGAAUUACUUUACAUAGCACAAUUCUUUAAAAUUCCAAUAGCAGAGAUUGCUGUGAACUGGACUGAAAUUGAAGGUUCUAAAUUAGUUCCAUUUUGGAGCUGGCUACAAAUGGGCAAGGAUCUACUUUUUAUACGACUUCGGUAUUUGACUGGUGCCUGGAGGCUUGAACAAACCGGGAAGAUGAAUUAGGUUAUUUGCCAUCUUUGUAUUCUUAUGUAUCAGUGUCUCACAUUUCAUUUGAAAUUAAAAUUUUAAAUAAACCUGGAAUAAACAUUG